AUGGCCACGGGAGAUUUGGCUUGGGGGGAGCAGGCCCUCGGAGCGGACCCUUGCGGGAAGAUCGUCAUUUUCGUGGAGUACUACAGAAGCCUCAGGAAUACUUACCUUACCUUCCUGCUCAUGUUUAGCAGCGCUAUGGCCAUUUGGGUUGCGCAUCUGAAGGCCGCCAAGCGGGAAGCGAACUUAAACCGCCCCGUGGGCGGCUUUCGAGCCGAGGAUCUGGUGGCCCACGACGAGAGCCGCUGGGUGGGCAGGGUGAUGGAGGCCUUUUAUCGCGUGGAGGUGGAGAUCUGCAAGCGCUGCGAACACUGCCGCAUUUCCCGCCGGCACAGCUCCGCGAUGCGGCGGGACUUCUGCGGGAAAUGCCUGGGACCCGAACCCAAAAGGAGUGUGAAGGGCUCACGUGCGGCGAUGAGGUUCCUUGGCCGAGUCUGGACCGGCUGGAAGGGAGCCAUUACGGUGUCUAAAGAUGGGCUAAGGAGCCGGGAUCUGCUAAGGGAGCGGAGCGGUGAAGUUCUGUUCGACAUGGCAGUGCAGCUCCUGCAAGCCGAGAAGGUGAAGCGAGGCGAAUCCAUCGCGGACUUUUGGAAGGAAGUGGCGGAGCUGAUCUGGAAGAAGGGGUUGGAUGCGGCGUCCAAGGUCUUGCAGGGAAUGGAUCUGGGUGCCCGUGUGGAUCUACGGCCAACGCAGCGGAUGUCUGCCUCCUAUGACGCGGACGCGGCCAAAGAGUUGUGGCUCUAUGCUACCGCCACGACCUGCUCCCUGGAGGAUUUGCACAAGUGGCCCAACGGCUUCGACAACCCCACCUGCAAGACCUUUGCUGCGGGAGCGGGGAAGGUCAGCGUCUUUGUGGACAACACCAGGCCAUCCAUUCAGGCUCUGAAGUGGAUCGGCCUGGUGCUGCGCAUUUCGGACGCCGCGUGGUUUCAGAGUGUCAUCGCAGGACUGGAGCGGUGGACUGUUGGCAACCAUAAAGGGUUCGUUGCGACGGACGACGCCACGAAGCGAAUCAUUGUCUCUGUCGCGGGCACCGGCUUGCCCACAGACGCCGGCUUCAUUGCAGACGUCCUAGCGGACGUGAACGCGAACAACUUGUACGGCUUGGGAUGCCCGGUGAUCCAAGUGCAAAAGACAAAAUUUGGGCUGCCCUACAUUGUAAAGCUCCCUGGCUUGCACCACAGGGGGUUCUGCUGGUUUUACAACAUGAUGGUGCUCUACACCAGCUACCAGGCGGACCUUGUGAAGGCCUUGAGCGCCAAUCCCGACUACGAUGUGGUCUUCACCGGCCACUCUCUGGGAGGUGCCUCCAUCACCUUGGCUGCCACAGACUAUGUCUAUCGCAUCCGCCCGGCGCUGAAGAAAAGUCCCGACUCGGACUCCCAGUCAGUGGAGCCUUGCUUGGCGUGUGACCUUCCAGAAGUGGAUCCCCUGCCUGGGCUAGCUGUGACUGGACAGGCAAUGCUUUACACCUACGGCUCGCCUCGGCCCACCUCCCCCGCCGGCGCGGACUAUCUGCAUGGCCAGCUGAACGCUUCCUAUCGCGUCACCCGGAACGGGGACCCCGUGCCCUUGCUGAUGAUGUGUCAGCGCCAGGACUCGGGCGUCCAGGCCUGCAGGCCGACGGAAAGGAACGCCUACCACGUGGCGCAGGAGGUGUACUACCCCUUCGAGAAUGGCACAUACUUCAUGUGCAAUGGUUUAGGGGAAGACCCAGAGUGCCAAGACACCAGAUCUGUGGAGAAGGACUAUACUUUCGAGCAGUUCACCUACGGUUUCGGAAAUAUCCACACCGCCUACUUCGGCACCUCGUUUGACAACUUGUCCGUUCGCCAAGUCACCGGGUACUUCGCGGUGAACUUCGGUGCCUGUGAUCCCCUGAGGCACGGGGCCUUGGAAGGUAACAUCUUGUACUCGAAUUCGGCCAUCGGCCCGCCGGGCUGCCGCUCACUGGGCACUUGCAUUUUGCAGGUGGGCAGCGAAGGUCUGCCGGGCUUCGAGGCCCUGGAGCUGCCCGGGAACUCCGCGGCCUGGCGGGAGCUUUGCAAACACUUCCCGGGACAGAAGGUGUCUUUAUCUGCAGGUAUUUGGCGGCAGGCGCAGUGUUGCGUCACUUGA